UUCAGAAACAACAUUUGUAUAGAGGAAGAGGAAAAGGCGAGUGUUAUCAAAAUGUUUUGGCCAUAUGUGACUUCAACAUGGUAUUUACUUUUCUCGUGGCCGGAUGGGAAGGAGUAGCACAUGAUUCUAGAAUAUUGUCUGAAUCUUUAACAAAUGCUAAUGCACCAUUUCCACUUCCUCCUCCGGAUAAAUAUUAUCUAUGUGAUGCUGCGUAUGCACACACUCGUGGAUUUAUGGCACCAUAUCGAAAUGUGAGGUAUUGGCUUGGAGAUUUUCGCCGAAAUCGUGCAUUGACCGACAAAGAAAAAUUCGACCACGCACAUGCAAAACUUAGAAAUGUUAUUGAACGUUCUUAUGGGGUAUUAAAGGCACGUUUUCCAAUAUUAAAAAAAUGGCCCCCUUCUCGUUGCUUACACAACGAAAUGUUACGAUUGCAUGUUUUGCGCUUCACAAUUUUAUACGGAAAGAGGGCUUAAGUGAUGAC